AUGCCUCAACACUCCCGGUGGUCGGUCUCCGUACCCGAAGUCUCGAUAUCAACCUACAUUUUUGGGUCUCCCUAUUCACCUCUCAGCAACCAUGUUGCAUUUGUCGACAAUGACGACCCUUCGAGAUUGUACCUUACUUGGUCCACAUUACGGCACUGGUCCCAGCGCUUCGCUGCUGGGCUGAUCAAUGCGGGUAUACAAAAAGGGGACCGCAUAUUAGUUUAUAGCCCUAACAGUGUUUUUGUUCCGGUCCUUUUCCAUGGUACUAUCAUGGCCGGUGGAAUCUACAGCGCCGCCAACGCGAGGUUUGUGCCACGGGAGCUAGCAUAUCAGCUACAGACCACACAGGCAACAGUUUUGUUAGUGAGCCCUAGGAACCUGAAGAAAGCCCUAGAGGCGGCCAAAUAUGCAGGAUUAGCAAGGGAGAAGGUUUUUUUAUUCGACGAGGCGCCGUUACUCAAACAGGAUGGCGGAGAAGAUGACAAGGAGAGUGGUGUGAGACACUGGAAGUAUCUUAUUUCUUCGGAAGAAGUGGGUCGCCAGUUCCAGUGGGAAGAUAUCACUGGAGAGGAGGCGAAGAAACGCACUGUCGGCUUAUCGUUCUCUUCAGGAACCACAGGCCUUCCCAAAGGAGUUGAAGGCAGUCACUACAACCUAAUUGCUGGUAGCGUCCAAGCCGAAUACGUCAUGUCGCUCGACUCCAAAACGCGGACUCGCGAACUAGCAACUCAAAACUGCCGCUGGCUCUGUACGAUUCCUUUAUAUCAUGGACUUGGUCUCUUUUAUUUUAUGGUAAUUGCCCCAUCUCGCCGUAUCCCCACGUAUAUCAUGUCUCAGUACAACCUGAAUCGCAUGAUAUCAGCCAUAGAAAGACAUAAGAUCACUGAACUGCACCUUGUGCCGCCGAUCAUAGUCGAAAUGACACAACACCAAGGCAUCAGAAAUGGGCAGGUUGAUCUGAGCAGCGUGACUACGACGUUAUCCUGCGGAGCCCCUCUAGGUCCGGAAGUAUCUUUGGAGUACGAGAGAUUGUGGCCCGAGGGGGUUAUGAAUGUCAAGCAAGCUUUUGGGAUGACCGAAUUGUGCGGCAUCUCACUCGGUUGCGACCCUAACCUUCCUGCAGUGCCUGGUUCUGUUGGUGAGCCCAUGCCGAAUGUGGAGGUUAAACUUGUGGACGACAAUCACAAAGAGGUUACAACUGGAGACUUUGGGGAGAUGUGGGUACGGUCACCAAGCACCAUGAAAGGAUAUUGGCAAAAUUUGGAGGCAACUGAUGAUACCAUCACUGCAGAUGGCUGGCUUAAGACCGGCGAUAUUGCAGUCGUGGACCGAAAGGGCUGCUAUUAUAUCAUUGAUCGAAAAAAGGAACUCAUCAAAGUCAAAGGCAACCAGGUUGCACCCGCAGAGCUUGAGGCGUUGUUGCUUGACCAUCCAGCAGUGGCUGAUGUUGCUGUGAUUGGGGUGAAGAGUGACCAAGACGAAGCACCAAGAGCGUAUAUUGUUCCGGCGUCUCCUAUUAGUGAGAAGGAUAUUCACGACUAUGUGAACGAUCGAGUCCAAAGCAUCAAAAGACUACAUGGAGGAGUGUACUUCACGAGCACAAUUCCUAGGAACCCAAGCGGGAAGAUCCUUAGACGCUUGAUCCGCGACCAAGCGAAUUCAAAGAAGAUAGGGUUGAAGCCACAAUUGUAACAUUCACUUGACCAAGGGGCUUGAUGGACGGAGGUAUUGAGGGUGAUUGGCAGAUACAAAACGUUUUUGAGCGGAAUCGAAAAUGAUGGAGAUGCUGGACUGACACCGCAAAUGCCGUCUGUAAGGCCAACAUAUGCAGUUGAUAAUAGUAGUUUCUCAAUAUAUUCACGGUUGCAUGUACUGAGCAC